AUGCAGAAAUCACCGACAAUAGGUAUUGUCGGUGGUGGUAUAGCCGGUCUUGCAUCAGCUUAUUAUCUUUCACAAAAAGUAGCACGUUCGAAAAUUCCUAAUUUACGUAUAUUAUUAUUCGAAAGAUCAUCACGUUUUGGUGGUUGGAUACAAUCUAAACAACUUGAAAAAAAAUAUGAUUCACAUAUAUUUGAACUUGGUGCACGAACAUUACGUCUUCAUACUGGUAUAGCAUCAUCAAAUAAUCAUUCAACAAUAAAUACAUUAAAAUUACUUGAACAACUUCAUAUAUAUGAUGAUCAAUUUUGUCCUAUUGAAAAAACAUCACCAGCAUUUAAAAAUCGACUUAUUUAUUAUAAUAAAAAUUUAAUUAAUAUUAAUGAUUUAUCAUUAAUAUUUGGUGGAAAACCAUUACGUUAUCCACCAAUAUUUUAUAUUCUUUAUGAAUAUUUUUCUGAAAAAGGUCGAAUGACUGUUCAAGAUGAAACUAUUAAAUCAUUUAUUUAUCGUCGUUUUGGUCAUAUUCUUGCUGAAGAUAUUGUUGAAUAUUUACUUGAUCCACUUUUAAAAGGUAUUUAUGCUGGUAGUGUAACAGAUUUAAGUGCUCGAAGUGUAUUAAAAAAAAUUUUUAAUCUUGAACAACGUUAUGGUUCAAUUGUAGCUGGUCUAUUAAAAGCAAGAAAAGAGAAACAAAAUGAAGAUUCAAUACAUUUUCUUUUUAAUGAUUUAAAUUUAAAAGAUUAUUCAACAUUAUUAAAUAAAUAUCCAAUUUAUUAUUUAAGAGAUGGAUUAGAAACACUUGUACAAGCAUUAGUAAAAUAUCUUCAAACAUUACCAAAUAUUGAAUUAAUACCUAAUCAAUCAAUAAAAAAAAUUCAAUUUUUAGAAAAUGAACAAAAUUCUAUUGAAAUUUUAACACAAUCUAAUGAAAAAUAUCAUAUUGAUCAUUUAAUAAGUGCAAUACCAUCAUUUGAAUUAGCUAAUUAUUUUGAUAAUAAACAAUAUGAAAUUUUACAUACACGUUUAAAUCAAAUACCAUUUGUUAAUAUGAUUGUUAUUAAUUUACUUUAUGAAAAACAAGAUAUUUUUCCUCAAGUAGCAUUUGGUUAUUUAAUACCAUCACGUGAACAAUCACAUUUACUUGGAGUUUUAUUUGAUUCAUGUAUACGUCAUGAAAGUGAUAAACAAAAACGUGGAUCACAUUUAACUGUUAUGAUGGGUGGAGCAUGGUAUGAUCAAUUAAGAUUAGGACAAUGUACUGAUGAACAAUUAAUGCAUAUUGUUAUGAAUGAAUUAAAAAAACAAAUGAAUUUAAAUGAAAAACCAUUAUUUUAUUCAAUAUCAAGACUUAAUAAAGCAAUAGCAAAUUAUCAUGUCGGUCAUGAGGAUGUUCUUGAUGAUAUUUAUGCUCUUAUUCGACGUAAUAACUUACCAAUAACACUUGUUGGAAAUUCAUAUCGUGGUAUUGGUGUUAGUGAUGUGAUCUUUGAUGCUCGACUCGAAGUUGAAUAUCUUAAUUUAGAGACUAUGAAAAGAAAACAGUGA